AUGAUAUUUAGUGGAUCACUUAGAACUACAACUCCAGAAUAAAAGUCUUAAAUACGUACUAAAAAACAUUUUGAAGUCAAGCAAGAUUUAGAAGAAUAAUUAUAAUCUCUCAAAUAUUUAAACAAUUAGAAAAUCAUUUAAUGUAUUAAAACGAAAAAACAUAUUUAACCAAUUUACAAAGAUGAUAAUAUCAAUACAAGCAGGUUGAGAAGAUCAGCUUCUCCUUUAUUAAAUAGUUAAUUAGAUAGAAAUUUAGUGCCUAAAAUUGAUAAUACUCCUAAAACACCUUAAAAAUCAAGACUUUAUUCUAAGGUAUUUAAUAAUUCAUGUUCAUUUGAAAAUAUUUGUUUAAAAUAAUGUCUUAAUUGUAAAUCAAACAAUAAAGAGAAUAUGCGUAUAUAACCAUCUCCAAUUAAGAUGACCCAAUCUGUUUUAAAAAUAGAACCUUUAACUUGUCUUACAAGUAAAGGGAACUAUUUUAAAAAAUGA